UGCGGCGUGAGCGCUGUUGCCGGGCUGGUGUGAUCCGCCGGUCUACCCGUGAGAGAAUCCUGUCAGAGGCCGGAAGCCCUCGCAGGUCACGUGCUCCCAGGGCUGCAAGAAUGAUUGGCUUGGAAGGACAUGAAUGAUGCCGCUGUGAUUGCUGAAUCGUCUGGGCAGGGUUUGGAGUCUCUCGUAAACCCCCCUGACCUGUGCACCUGUCUAGAGAGGACGAGGCAGGGGAGGCCUGCCUUCGCUGCAAUCCGGUGAUCACAUCCCCACCUGGAUCCCUGAAUGCCCGCUUCAGCUGUCAUGAACAUGGAAUUCUGAAGUCCAUGUGGCUCCUCACGGUAAACAAGGUGUUAAGGAAGAUGCAGAGACGCCACAGCAGUAACACGGAUAACAUCCCACCUGAAAGAAAUCGCAGCCAAGCCCUCAGCCCCGAGGCAAGCGUGGAUGAAGGGGGCGUCUUCGAGAGCCUGAAGGCAGAAGCCGCCUCCCCGCCCGCCCUCUUCUCCGGCCUCCCGGGUCUCCCGGCAGGCAGUCUUCCCGCCGCCCCGUUCCCCUCCAGCCUGGUGCUGGGGGCCUCUGCCAGCGGCGGGGACGUGUUCCUCCAGAUGCCGGCGUCCAGGGAGGAGGGGGGCGGCCGGGGCGAGGGGGGCGCCUACCACCACCGCCAGCCCCACCACCACUUCCACCACGGAGGCCACCGUGGCAGCUCGCUGCUGCAGCACGUGGGCGGGGACCACCGCGGGCACCUCGAUGAGGCGGGCGACGAGCACCCGGGCACGCCCGCCCCUGCCCUGUCCGAGCUGAAGGCGGUGGUCUGCUGGCUCCAGAAAGGCCUGCCCUUCAUCCUCAUCCUCCUGACCAAACUGUGCUUCCAGCAUAAGCUCGGCAUUGCUGUGUGCAUCGGGAUGGCCACCACCUUCGCCUACGCCAACUCCACCCUCCGAGAACAGGUCUCUCUGAAGGAGAAGAGGUCGGUGCUGGUCAUCCUGUGGAUCUUGGCCUUUCUGGCGGGGAACACCCUGUAUGUGCUGUACACGUUCAGUUCCCAGCAGCUGUACAACAGCCUCAUAUUUAUGAAGCCCAACCUGGAGACCCUGGACUUCUUCGACCUGCUGUGGAUCGUGGGGAUCGCAGACUUCGUACUGAAGUACAUCACUAUCGCCCUCAAGUGCCUCAUCGUGGCCCUGCCCAAGAUCAUCCUGGCCGUCAAGUCCAAGGGAAAGUUCUAUCUGGUCAUCGAGGAGUUGAGCCAGCUGUUCCGAUCGCUGGUCCCCAUCCAGCUGUGGUACAAGUACAUCAUGGGUGACGACGCUGCCAACAGCCACUUUCUGGGCGGGGUCCUGAUGGUCCUCUACAGCCUCUGCAAGUCCUUCGACAUCUGUGGCCGCGUGGGUGGGGUCAGGAAAGCCCUGAAGCUUCUUUGUACCUCUCAGAAUUACGGAGUCCGGGCCACUGGGCAGCAGUGCACAGAGGCUGGUGACAUCUGCGCCAUCUGCCAGGCCGAGUUCCGGGAGCCUCUCAUCCUUAUGUGCCAGAGACGCCUAUAGACACACUGGACACGUCUUUUUCAAGACGACAUAAGUCGCAGCAUAUUCUACCCAGGCUGCAUCCUGCAUCUCCCCUUUUGGACUUGAUACUCUGCCUUAAGAAAUUGCCCCUUAUUUGCCUAUCACCCUGCUUUUCGGAUAGUCCCCGAUGUGUUUAACCCUUCUCCUCUGGGUGGGCCCUGAGUCGCGGAUAAUCUUUCGUUGUUACAAAUGUGGCUGCCGUGGGAGGUCAGAAAUGGGGAGACUCGUGGCACCUUCCUGGGCCCAUGGUGUUGACUAAAUGAAUUAAUUCAAGGGAAGCAUGUAGGAUCACACCGGGGACGUGCUCAGGGUUCAAUAAAUAAUAGCUCUGCCCUCGCCAGGUUGCUCAGUGGUUAGAGCAUCGGCCCACACUGGGGAGUCCCAGGUUCAUGUCGGUCAAGGGCACAUACCUUGGUUGCAGACUCAAUCCCUGGCCCCGGUUGGAUUGUGCAGGAGGCAACCAAUUUAUGUGUCUCUCUCACAUCCAUGCUUCUCUCUCUGUGCCUCUCCCUCUUCCCUCCACUCUCUAAUAAUCCAUGGGGGGAAAUAUAUAUCAGCUCUUAUUGGCACGCCUUCCCUUUCCCACAUGUGCGAGCUCUCGGUGGGAUAGGUUCCUGGUGGCGGCCUCACUCGGGCGGAGGUUAUUGCUGCACUGCCCUCCAUCGAGUGUAUCCGAGGGCCGAGUGUGACUCGACCUCUCACUCCACCCCGCUAUGUUAUCAAGCCUUUUUUUUUUUAACUUCUUUAUUGAUUAUGGUAUCACAUAAUUGUCCUCAUCCCCCCAUUCCCAUCCCAAACCCCUCCCCACUUUGCCAAUCUGACAGGUGACUAACACUGUCUCGGAGCAGGUUCAAUUUGCAUUUCCCUAAUUAUGAGCAUCUUUUCAUGCGCUGCUGAGCCAUCUGCAUUGCCUUUGCAGCAGCCACAGUGAGAGUUUGGGCCUGAUGUCAAGGUGAAAGGCUUCCUUCUUCCGCUCUGGCAAUCUCUCCAGGCCCUAGGCUGUUUGUCUCUUUCCCUUUCUUCUCCUGGUACCCCGCUGUCUCCCCGAAGCUGGGUGAGAAUUCCCAGAAGAGAGACAAAAAAGCCAUUGCCCGGGAGCCACACCACAGCUAGUGGUGGUUGGAGCCCACCAGCAUGGCUGGUCAGGUUGAGCACAUGGUUCAGGCUUGCUUUGCUGGUGAAAGGGCCUUGUUAAUUCUCAAAUGCAUUGAAUGUCUGAGUGAAAUGUUUCUUUCUUAAUAAAUGCUUCCCUGACUUCCCUUCCCUAGACUAGUUCAUGCUCUGGGUUUAUGGUUUCAUAGAUUCCUAUGUUUUUCCUUUGUAGCACUUACUAUCCCAGUUAUCAGCUAGUAGCUGAUUAGGCCGCUGGUUGUGCAAGAUCUGUCUCCUCUUUGUCAAAUUUUAAGCAACUUGAGAGUGGUAACCAUGCCUAUCUUGUGUAAAUGCAGUCACAGUACUGACUUAGUAAAUAUUGGAUGGAUGGAUGGAUGGAUGGAUGGAUGGGGUAGAUGAAAUGUGAUGGAUGGUUGGGAUGGACAUGGAUGGUGACCAGGUGCGGGGGUGGGUGAGUGUGCAAAGAUGGGUAGAUAGAGUUAAAAGUGUGUAGGUAGCUGGGUGGUUGGGGAAAUGGAUAGACAGAUGGGGGAAAAGGUGAGUGGAUGGAUGGGGGAAUAGGUAGGUGGAUGGGGAACUAGAUGGGUGGCAGGAUGGAUAGUUGGCUAGAUGGAUGGAUGGAUCCAGGGACAGCUGGAUGAAGAGCCCACUAGGCUAAAGGAUGAUCUUAUCUCCCCUUCCAGCCUGGCAUCGCGAGACAGAGAAUAAAAAAUUGAAUGUAAUCAUAACAAUUACUGAAUAUUCGCCAGCAAUUAUAAAAUACUUAUUAUUGGCCAGGCACUGUUCUAAGUGCCUUAUUUUUUCUUCUCUUUUUACAGAACAUUUUGUUAAGACUUUUAUAUUAUUGCCCCUACACUCUUUAUUUUAAACAUUUUAAGCCUACAGAAAAGUUGAAGGAUAGGGCAAUGAACACCCUUUUAUCCUUCACCUAGAUUUACUAACCAUUAACAUUUUACUGUGUUUGCUUUUCUUGAUAUAAAUUUAUCCCCCUAAACCUGUUGAGAAUAAGUUGCUGACAUCUUGAUUCUUCAUCCCUAAAUAUUUCAGCAUACAUCUCCCAAGAACAAGGACAUUCUGUCCCAUAACCACAAUUCCACUAGCACAUCCCAGAAAUUUUAAAUUGAUAUAAAAUCCCAAUAUUCAAACUUUCCCAUUUGUCUUCAAAACAUUCUUCAUAGUUAGAGUUCCCCUUUCCUUCCCCCAUUCAGGAUCCAAUCAAGAAUCAUAUACUGCCUUUGAUUCUCACAUCUAAGUGCUUUCAAUCUUCCUAAGGGGGGAGCACUGUUAUCCCCAUCUUACAGAUGCGGAAACUGAGGCACAGGAGGUUAAAUCACUGGUCCAAGUUAAAGCCAGAAAGUAGCGGAACUUGUUAAGUUUCCAGUAUCCCUGUGUUUCCCUUCACCUCUGUGGUCUAUUCUCCACCCAGCUGUAUUUUUUAUUAUCUUAAGUUUUACAUAUGUCCCCUUUUUCCCCAAUUGA